AUGCUCGUCGAGUGGAAACAACAAAAUACCUCAAGCUCCCAUGACCAGGUUGAAACAUUGAGUAACAAACUGAGAGAAGCUCGCAGAGUGGAUCUUGCUGAUGAGUGGUUAGUUGUUGACUACCUUCUAAAGAAAGCCACCGCUGGUUUGGAUUUUGGAGUCGUAACUCACCCACGUCGAUCUAGGAGAUAUCUGGCAAAGCAGCUUAAUGACCUAGACUUUGCUGACGACAUCGCCCUUUUUGAGUCUACGUUACCACGGGCCCAGGCACAGUUAUCCAAGACAGCUUCUGUAGCAGAAGGCGUUGGCCUCAUAAUCAAUGUACCCAAGACGGAGUACAUUACGUCGCAUUGCGAGCCUUCCCCCUCACUUCAUGUCCACGGCAGUCCAUUUAAACAUGUGACUGAUUUCAAAUAUCUCGGAUCCAUGGUAGCAUCCAGCGCAACCGACCUCGAAAGACGCAAGGCACUUGCUUGGACAACUUUUUGGAAGUUGGAACAGCUGUGGAGAAGCCCCUCCUUACCAAUUAUCACCAAAAUGAAGUUGUUUAACACAACAUGCAUCACAGUUCUCCUCUAUCGAUGUGAGACAUGGGUAAUCUCCAAAGACAUGGAAAGUAAAAUAAACGCUAUUGUCACCUCUUGCUACCGCAUUAUGCUGAGCAUCAAGCGCACCGACAAUGUCCCCAAUGCCACCAUCUAUACUAUGACAAACUCAAACCCUCUUGUGGAGCGUGUAAGAACUCGGCAGCUCAAGUUCCUUUGGUACAUACUCUGCAUGUCAGACGAUGAGCCUGCAAAAGUGUAUGCCCUUUAUACACCACCCCAGGGGAGGAGACCAGGAAGACAACGCACAUCAUACCAAACUGAUAUUCAACGCGUGCUUGGAGAUAGUGAUGGCAUGCUGCGACCAGACCAAAUUGCAACACUUGCCCAUGAUCACAGUAAAUGGAAGUAG